AUGUCUAAUAGUGCUUUAAAUUGGGUUCGAGAAGGAGCGUGUACAACCGUCGGAGGAAGGUCAUUCCACGCAGCUACUGCCCGAAAUGAAAAAAAGUUUUGUCUAACGGAUGUGUGUGCCCUGAGCUUGAAGAUUUUCUUACUAUGUCCCCGCCGGGUGUUUGCUGGGUCAACGGUAAAAAACCUGUUUGCCAAGCUUUGUUCAAACAGGGCGUUCUGGUAUUACGCGUCACUCGAAGAUACCGUUCGACCGUUACAGAUAGAUUACGGUGAAGAGAAGUAA